AUGAGCACAGAUGAUCCAUCGUCAUCAGUAGCUCCUUUAACCACCAAAGAGCAAGAUGACAUCUUGAAGGCACGUCUUUCCGCUGAUGAGAAAUAUAUACGACGUAUCGCCAAGCGCCUUUCGUCUCUUGUUCAGGCUUCUUCCGCAGAUGAACAUGAAGCUCUCACGUUGCUUUUAAAAUCAGACCUACAAAUGUUUGAACGGCAUAUCGAGCGACUACGUGCAUCGGCGUCUGUCACAUCAGAUUACGAUAUUCAGACAUACAAUGAGGAGGCUAAGGCAUUAAUGAAACAAUGUGAACAAGAAAAAGAGAAGAUUUCUGAACUUAAGCAGGUGUUAAACGAGGCUCAACAAGACCGUCAGCACAAAGUCGAAUACAAUGAAAUUGCUCGGAAAAUUUUGGUAUACCCCAGCCGCGAUGAUAUGGAAAUGACACUUCAAGAGCUGAAAGACAAAAUUACGACCUUGCAAACUGAUAUUGCAAAGUAUGACGAAGCCAGUUCGCAAGCUCGCAAUGGUCUUCAAGAUGUUAGUGGUAUUGUUCAACGUUUGCAUGGAGACGUGCGUGCCUCACUUGGUAUGAAACCUUUACUAGUAGAGAAUGUUGCUGAAAGCCAAGCUGCUUCUACGUCUCUGGAUCCUGCUGCCCCUUCCUUUACGCCUACCUCUCAGCCUGCAGGUAAACGUGACCAUUCGGAUAGCAAAGAGUCCGAUGCAUCGACGCAGACUCUCUCUCCUUCGAAAGAAGCCCAACCAGCGAAGCGCACCAAAACUAGCAAGGGCUCUUCAUCAACAUAG